AUUACGCUGUCGACUUCGUCGAUGUCAGUCAGUGUUUCGCCGCCUUUUCGCGAGUUUUCCUCGCGCCACCGAACGGAAAACAUGUUCGUAGUUUCAUUGUAGUUUCAUUCUCUCCUACCAGCAAUGUGCACAAUUUACAAGCAUGCAAAAAGUUAAGGUUUUAAUGGAAGGGCAACGUAUUGAACUAGAAGACCGCCGAAAUUGCACGUUUAAUCGUUUUCUAAACGUAAAAAAAUCAGAAAAUGACGAUAGCGAUGAAUCAAGCGAUGGAUAUGUCAGCGAAGUCUUCCAUAAUUAUUCAUUUCGCUUUGCACGUCCAAGAUUAACAAACGACAAAGUCCAAAACAAAGUAAACAUUAAACAACUUGAAUUACCACUGAUUCCUUCCAUUAUAAACAAUUUAAAUCUAAAUAAAACUCAAAAUCAAAGAAAACCACCUAAAAGACGUUAUUAUAAUAAACUAGGAUUAAAACCCUUAAAACUACUGAGUGUUAAACCAAAUAAUACUAAUAAUAAUAAUAAUAAUAAUAAUAAAAUUAAAAAAGAAUUUCAUAAAUCUAAAGAUGAUGACGAUGAUGAUGACCAACAAGAUGCUCUUGACUGCGCUGAAGAUCAUGAUGUAAAUAAUUAUGACAUAAACAACAUCGACUUUGAUUUCGAUGUGCUGCGAUUGAUCAUGAACGAGGAAUGCAAUAAUAAUACACUCGAUGAUUAUCAGAGUGAAAAAAUAAGCAAUCAUAUUGAUCAUAUUGCUCAUCGGGAGCAUAAGCGCAGCGUCGGCAAGAACAAGAAGAUUAGGUUCACGUUAUCGAAGCCGCAGAGUCCGCGCACGGUGCAGGUAAUUAGGGUGGACGUGACGGCGAGCGCGUGGAAGAACAAAAACCAUCAAGAUGGCCGCCGCCAGGACGACGACGAUGACUCCGACCGCGACGACGAUUAUUGCGGGCGGUUUCGGCGUGAUUACGGCCUCGCCAACGAGCACGAUCAUAAAUGCGUCGGUAAUCGCAAGUGCAAUUACUGCGAUACGUGCAAUUACAACAACUGCAGGAACAACAGCACUCAUACUUGCCGCGCACAUCGGCGAGAGGAAGCGCAAGAUGUGAUUGAUUCGGAUUUUGCUCUAAUGUGCAAGAAGUUAACUUUAUCCCCAAAAGAAUACUAAACAUAUAUAAACAUAUCUUAUUCUAUAUUGUAUUGUAAUGUUGGUUGCCUAUAUUAAACAUAUAUCCACAUAAAGAA